UUCGCCUGCAAAAUACGCACCCGAUCCGGGCCCGGAAUUACGUACGGGGCUCGGAAGAGUCUGCAAAGCAAAAAAAGGUUCAUCUGCUCAUUUUUCACUACUUUAAGUUGAGGGAAAAUGUGAACUAAUCGAUGAGAAAUACAGCACACGCAAAGAUCGUUAGACCUUUUUUUGGUGAAUACAUAUAAGGUGAGAGCAUAAAACAGAGAAAAAAGGCCAUAAACGCUCGCUCCAAAAGCAAAAACAAUCCUUGUAAACAUCACGCAGCGAUGCAGCGCGUAUCAUUAGCGUUUCACUCCGCACCCGAUGGGAUGCUAGAGAAAGUGCCCAGUGACGGUUCGUUUUGGAAAACAUAAGAACUGAGAAGAAAGUUAAAGGAAAAAGAAGCAGAAGAAAAGGCAAACAUAAAGAAAAAAAAACACUCGUUCACAUCCCAAAUAUCCGGGAAUCGUUGCACGCAAACGUGUCAUAUCAGAUAGCGUGUGUAUGUGGAAAAGUGACAGCUGCGACGACAGCCAAACAGCCCACGGUGUCCAGCGAGAGGACAAGAUUGUACAGUUAGAUUAGAGGCGGUACACGGAAGGAUCCGUAGGGGAGAAUCCAAACCGUGCGGAGCCAACGUUUCGUCGUACGGAUCAGCGAGAUUAAUGCCGUGGUACUCCUCCACAGUUAUCGCACCCCACGACAUCAACGGAUCACAGGCCGCAUCGGUACAACCGGGGAUACGCCAAACCGCAACACUUUAAAGUGAUGAUCUAAACCGCACGAUGUCAAAUACUGACACAUCGACGACAGUGGCAGCAUGGACAAACACUUGGCAACACUUGAUGCUGGCUGCCGCUCUGCUGACGCUGCUGUCCGGCGUCGCUCCUCUAGGUGGCCCUAGUUUCCUCGUCUCGGCCGAGGGCAACAUCGGAUGCCUCUUCGCGGAAACACUUUGCCUGGAACACCUGGAAUGGUGCUACGAUGACUUCGCCUUCGGAAAGUGUCUACCGCAGUACGGGCUGGAACCGGAGGAGUUGUUCCGGAAGCCGCUCGAAGAGGACCAGAGCCGCAUCCUGGCGCGCAUGCUCGAGGAGCUGCAGGGAGCCGGUCUCGGUUGGGAGCACCCAUUCACGCAGUGCCGCAUCCAGGGAGCGUUGUUCGCCAUUCGCACCAACUCCGAGAUCCCGCAGACGCUGUGCGCUAAUCUAGCACCCGAUCCGGAGAUCCUUGGUCCGCAGAGUCCGCUUGCGUUCGUGCGCUUCACACCCCCGAAUGAGGAGUACGCGGAUGAGGUGUACUAUCCACCUCCGAAGAAGGUGUUAGCGAGGUUGCCACUAGGAGGCGGUGCACCCGACGAUCUGGACGUGCUGCCUGAGGUGGUUCCGGUUGCGAUGCCAACCGAGCUUGAUCGGGCUCGGUUGCGCGAAUUGCAGCGUCGGCUUCUGCUGGAGGCGGAACAGCAACACCCACCGGAUGUGACGGAUUACCUGGAGUUGGGAGCUGAACCGAAUGAGAUCCGGGUGCCACCGUACCGGCCUACCAAGGGCGAGUUUGGUCCGUACGGAGCGAACAAGCGUGGUGCCGGGUCGGCCAUAUUUCGCGAACAACAACAACAUCAGCAACCUGGAGGAAUCGACGAGGAACGUGCAUUGAGGGAGCUGGUUGAGCGAUUGACCCCAGCCGACGUUGAUCCGGAGUUUGAGUACAUCUACCCGAAGACGUCCUCGUUCCGGGAGUACGCCAAGGAACACCACAUCCCAAAGAUCUCGAACUUUGCACCGGAGAACGUAAACCGGCAGCUGAAUCCAACCGGUGGCAACGCGAAUGGCCCAAACGCGGACAAGUUCUACACGCGACCGCAUAAGACCGGUCUUCGAGAAGGCGCUCGGAAUGAAAUUCCAGGCCCAGCGGCUGGAAACGUGCGCGAAUCGGUGGCUGCGUACGCACCGGAUCCGGAAGCGGGUGGGCUAUACACCGAGGGUGGGUUCGUGUACGUACCGAAGGCGAGUGGGCGACCACGCAAGGACGAAGCGCGCACGCUGCUGGAUAACAUCCUUGGGUUUACGAGGCGCGAGCGGUUGGACGUGAAAAAGCCAGGUCCACCGGCGGCACCGCCACCAUCCGGCCAAAGCCCAAGUGACCCACCGAAGGAGACGGCACCGAAACACGAGACACACUCGGACGAGGAUAAGCGACCGAUCGCGAAGAAGGAACUGUUCCCGCACGCGGACGAUGACCAUGCACCGCACUCGGUGGACACGGAGUAUGCGCAUGUCAUCUUGAAGAAUCCGAUUGACAACUGGAAGGAUGGUUCACGGAUCGUGACCGCUCUGGCGGAGCUGCUUAAUAUGCAGGGAUAUUUCACGCAUUCACGCGUCGAUCGACACGAGGUGUCUUUCCGUGUGGAACCAAAUCCGGACCGCAAGACAGCCGCUGACGUGGCGAAGCAGAUCAACGACAGCCGCUUCAAGAACAACCUCUCUCGGCGAUUGGGCGUGCUCGUGUUGCAAGCGGGCGUUGGAGACAAAACGAAGGAACUGGACGCAGUGUCUGCGCACCGGAUGAAGCGCGAUGAGGACGGUCCGAACGUAACGCACGUAAUGGCGUACAUGUUCGCCGGAGCGGGUGCUGCGGCCGUCAUCGUCGUCGCAAUGACACUGUUCCUGAUCCGCAAGCACGAUCGUAAGAAGGAUAAGCUGGGUGGGCUGCAGUCGGGUCUGGCCGGAGGUGACAGCUCAAGCAAGGACUAUCAGGAUCUGUGCCGGGCACGUAUGGCAGGUGGAAAACCCGGCCCAACUGGGACGGAUUCACCCGGAGGACGUAUAACGGCCCUGACGAAGGAGGCCGAAGCACGUCCACCAUCGUCUCGGUCGAGCACGUCGUCCUGGAGUGAGGAACCAGCGCUGACAAACAUGGACAUCUCAACGGGACAUAUGGUGCUGUCGUACAUGGAGGAUCACCUGCGUAAUAAGGGUCGACUGCAACGCGAAUGGGAAGCCCUGUGUCGGUACGAGGCGGAACCGAGUGCUAGGGAUGCGGCUUUACAGGCACCCUGUGCGCCACUGAACCGACCUGGAGCACCUCUGCCGUAUGAUCACUCGCGCGUCGUCUUGAACCAUCUGGCGAACGCCGAGGGCAUGGACUACAUCAACGCGUCCACCAUCACCGAUCAUGAUCCGCGAGCACCUGCGUACGUAGCCGCCCAAGGCCCAAUGGCGUCGACAUUGGCGCACUUCUGGCAGAUGGUAUGGGAACAGGGAGCAGUUGUGUUGGUGGCGCUCUGUCGCUUGCAGGAGAACGGCGAUUCAGCUUGUGCCCGGUACUGGCCGGAAGAGGGUGCCGAGGUGUACCACAUCUACGAGGUGCAUCUGGUCAGCGAACACAUCUGGUGCGACGAUUAUCUGGUGCGUUCGUUCUACCUGAAGAAUCUGCGCACUGGCGAGACGCGCACGGUGACACAGUUCCACUUCCUAUCCUGGCCGCAGGGAGGAGUGCCGACGUCCGCGAAGGCACUGCUUGACUUCCGGCGCAAGGUGAACAAGUCGUACCGCGGCCGAUCGUGCCCGAUCGUCGUCCACAGCAGUAACGGCUCCGGACGCACGGGUGCGUACAUCCUGCUCGAUCUGGUGCUGGGCCGCAUGAACAAGGGCGCCCGAGAGAUCGACAUUGCGGCGACGUUGGAGCAUCUGCGCGAUCAGCGGGCAGGACUCGUGGCCACUAGGCAGCAGUUUGAAUUCGUGCUGAUGGCCGUCGCUGAGGAGGUGCACGCGAUCCUCAAGGCCCUGCCGCAGUCGACCAGUGGUAACAAGGGUUCGCAGGAUCAGGAAAAAGACGGCAACGCAGCAUCGGAUGCUCCGAAAGCCGGUGGCGAGAAGUCGGUGGAGAAGUAAUUCCACAAGUAACCGACUGUAGGCGAGCGAUUUGAUCAUGUUUAGUUAAGCUAGGAGAUGUUAUGUCGACGUGUUUUGUUCCGUUAUUCAGCAGCCGGCUCGAGUUGUUGCUUUGAAGAAGAGAUUAGUUUAAGAUGGGUUAAAUGAGAGGUGAAUUGUUCUUCUGACGUCUUAAGUUACAACAGUACAAAGAAAGGGCAU